CGGUGGGCUCGUCCACAUCAAAAACCCGCACUUGGACUCAAUGGAGGAGGACGUUCUGUAUCACCUGGACUUGGGAACAAGGACGCACAACCUGCCGGCAAUGUUCGGGGACAUAAAGUUCGUCUGCGUUGGCGGCAGCCCAAACAGGAUGAGGGCGUUUGCCCAGUUCAUGCACAAGCAGCUGGGACUGGCGGGUGACGGCGAGGACCUGGCAGACAUCUGCGCGGGGACGGACCGGUACGCCAUGUACCGGGCUGGGCCGGUGCUCUCCAUCAGCCACGGGAUGGGCAUCCCUUCCAUUUCCAUCAUGCUUCAUGAACUAAUCAAACUGCUGCACCAUGCAAAAUGCCGAGACGUUACUAUUAUACGCAUCGGUACUUCUGGAGGCUUAGGGAUCGAGGCCGGGUCUGUUGUGAUCACGGACAUGGCGGUGGACUCCUCCUUCAAGCCACGGUUUGAGCAGGUGGUGCUGGAUGACGUGGUGGUGCGGAGCACUGACCUGGACAAGGACCUUGCGGAGGAGCUACUCGCCUGCAGCAAGGAGAUUCCUGACUUUCCCACGCUCAUCGGCCAUACCAUGUGCACCUAUGACUUCUACGAAG